ACAUUCCCUCUAGAUUACAUGCACCUUGCAUGCUUAGGUGUCACACGUAGAUUGUUAAAUGUUUGGCUGAGGGGCCCUUUGAAAUUUCGCUUAUCCUCUAAUGUCGUUGAUAGAAUUUCUCAAAGUCUGGUUCAGAUGCGUACGUAUAUACCAGUGGAGUUUGCAAGGAAGCCAAGGUCUCUAAGAGAGAUAGACCGUUGGAAAGCAAGUUCUGUUGUAUACUGGCUCUAUUGCUCUGGUACCACAUUUAGAUAGUAAUUUAUAUAACAAUUUCAUGUUAUUUUAUACAGGUAUUUGCAUCCUCAGCUGUGCUCCUUGUACUGUAACUAUGCAAACACAUUGCUUACGACAUUUGUAAGUCAUUUUGGGGAGCUUUAUGGCAAGGAUGCCUUAGUGUAUAACAUCCAUGCAUUGGUCCACCUAUCUGCAGAUGCCCAACUACAUGGUUGUUUGGACUCGGUCUCAGCUUUUCCAUAUGAAAAUUACCUCCGUAAACUGAAGAGGUUUGUACGAAAGCCAGAAUUUCCCCUUGCACAAAUUAUAAGAAGGUUAUCUGAGGUUAAAAAGAUCAGUACUAUUGAGAUGCCCUGUAGGAAUUUAAGGAUGCAACAUUAUGUUGGACCUGUUCCUGAUGGCCUUCAAGCAACAGCACAGUACAGGGAGCUGCAGACUGAGCAAUGGUCAAUGAAAGUUUCCAUAGGUGAUAAUGUUUUUGCUAUAGAUGGAGACAUUUGUGUCAUACAUAACAUCAUUCAGUCUGUGGAGGGAAUAUAUGUAGUAUUUAAAGUUUUUACAGAGAUGGAAACUUUCUUCAACUAUCCGAUGAGCUCUGAUUUUCUCAGAAUAUUUAUUGUGUCUCAACCUACAGGGCCAUUGAAGGUGGCCAAAGCAUCACAGGUCUCUCAUAAGUGUGUGCUUCUGCCUUAUAAAGAGAGAUGUAUUUAGUCGUUGAAUUUCUGGAAACCAAGACUGUUAAUAUUAUAGCUGAGUCAUGGUUUGAGGAUGGUGUCACUUGGUGGCCAAAUUAUACUAGUGAUGAACGCAUAAACAGAGCUGUACAAAAAUGUGAGGAACCAGGAACAGGCUGGAAACAGUAUGAUGUUCGAGUCCUCUCAAGAACUGGUGAUUAUCGAAAGGCAAGAGAGAAACUGAGGGCCUCACUGACCUGUAACACGUCUGAAUUACAAACAGAUGACGAGGAAGAAGUGAUUAGGAAAAGAAAAAUAAAGCCAAGGCAAGUUUUCGGUGAUACAGACUCAGACAAUGAAGUAGAAGUGGGUAAAAAGAGGAGAUGCAGCAAUAUCUCCUCUGCACCAGCACCACCUAUUCCUCCACCUACUCCUGACAUACCGUCUGAUUCAGCUUGCCAGACCUCUACUGGACCUCUGCUAAACCUGAGGCAUACUGAAUAUCCUUGUUUUACGACUGUACCACCUGCCCCCAUUACGACAUUUGGCAUGCCUUCCAGUCCUCUGCACCACUUCUCCAUUAGACAUUCUGAACACGGUCGUUACACAGCUCCAGUGCCUGCAGUUGUCACCCCCAUCUCUCACAUGCCCUCAAGCUCUAUGAGCCAGGUCUCUGCUACACCUCUUUCUGAUGAACAUCAGGACCAUUCAUUUAACCCCAGGUUUAGACUGGGGAGGACAGGCACUGGACCUAUUCCUUGCUCUGCUGCUCAACUGCAUAUCCUAACACUGUUGGAACAUAUCAAGGAACAGCAGAUGCAGCUUGCUGCUGCCAUUAGUAAUCUCACUGCACGUAUGGAGACAGACACUGCUGUGGCUGAAAUGCCUCCCAACAUCAGUGUGCCACUGGCCACCAUGUCUGAAGUUGAGGAGUUGGAGGAGUGGCUUAAAGAUUCAAGAAACUCGCAUGCUAAGCAAACCAUGAUUUCUGCUCUGGGUGCUACAGGAGGACAAAACACUAAACGAGUCACAUGGAACAUACUUUCAAGGCUUUUCUCAGAUGCAGUAGCCAAAAAAAAUAAACUGGAAAGGAGUUAAUGGGAAGAAGUGCUUUAAAGAAAUGCAUACAAGAAGUUUGUUGAUCAGUAAGUAUGGUAUAUACACAGAAGCUGGGUAUUAGACACCUUUCCUGCAGGGCUGUUUAUUUUAUGGUACAUAGGGCAAAGAUACUACUUUUUUUAAUCAUUUGUUUUAACUGUGUUUCUUUUAAACAUAUCAACAUUGCAAGAAAAAAAUAAUUGGACAAUCGACUAAAUGUUUCUUGGGCAGCUAUGUUUUGUUUCAGCAUUAGGUCACGCGUGUCUUUGAGUUGAUUGAUGGUUGAGAGUUUCUAUUUAGAUUAUACACAACAGGUAAAAUAUAAUGCAACUCAUUGCAAAAAAAUUAGCUCUGGAGAGCAAAUGUAGCAAAACAACCUGAGUCCAUACACCUCUAACUCCGUCCCUGCAAACAGAAAGGCACAGCAUGUAGUAAUUCCUCAUUUGUAGUAAUUCCUCAAGUUACGCCUCACGUGACCAAUUUUGAUCAAUUAAAAUUAAUAUUUUAAUCACUGA